AUGACAAGAGUGACAAAAUCUUCAGGGCAUUCUCAAGAAAAUGAACAAAAAAAUACAUCUCAAUCAGAAACUAACAAAGAAAUAGAAGAAAUAGAAUCUAUUAAUACAAUCAAUGAUAAUAAAAACAUUUUAAUUGAAGAUGUUGAUAUGAAUGAAAGUAUGGGAAAUAAUGAUAGAGAUUUUAUUGUUAUCACAAAACAGACUACAUACAUAGCAGUGGCUCCUUUGGAAAAAAUUAAAGGUAAACACCCUCGUGAAAAAAUCAUCAAUAUAGGGAUAAUUUUUGCUAAAACUGCAGGUUAUACUGGAGCCUCUACUCGAACCAUCAACAAAAAAAAAUACAUAGCAAUUUUUUUUGAUAACCAAACUGAUCUCAAUUUAGCAAUUGGAACACCAAUUCAAAUUUCUGAAAAUGAAAGUUAUCAAUUUGUUGAAAUCAACACAAUUAGAAUCAAACCAACCAACGAACAAAUUAAUGAAAUUAAUGCAUGCACAAUUCAGGUGUGUGAUAUUCCAUUGGAUAUCAAAACCCCUAUUAUUCGUUCAACAUUUUCUAGAUUUGGGACUAUUGUCAAAUUAUCAGUGCAAACACGUGGUUUAUAUCAACAUGCUUUUAUUACUUUUGCAGAAAGCCAAAACAUACAAGAAUUUCACACAAAAACAUGGUCUGUAUACAUUCUCAAAGACUCUACUCGUGUUAUUCCUCUGACGUUAGAUGAAGAACAGAGGAAUAAUAGAAGAAUUUACAAUUUACCUGAUGAAAUAAAUUGGCAAAAGAAACAGCAACAGGCAUGA